ACUCGAUCUUUCCCGACUUAACUCUCAUCAUCCUUCUUGCAUCCCUCUUGUCAUAAGCAUUACAGUGACGAACCAACUUCUUAAAAUCCUGUGGCAGAUUAUCUACGGGCUACUUCUAUCCUUUCAUAGAUCUUUGCUAUCAGCUGUUCUUACACCGCUUCAUUUCCCACAGUCACAAUGCAGCCUUUGGUGACAUCAUCCGCCACGCUGCUCAGCUUGUUGAGACAGUCGUCCAGCAGACGCACAGUGCAGACAUACCGUCUGUUCUCUUCCUAUGGCAACUCGCACCGGUCCUCAUCGAAACGUGAUAUGCAGACUGCCACCGCAUACCGGCCACACAGUCUGCCCACCUCUUUCCCGCCUCCUCGGACCUCAGGGUCCUCAGACAAUUCCAUCGCUGCGGACUUCCCCUCAUUCCGCGAGAUGGCCUCGCCUCAGCUUCCCGGACAACAAGCCUAUUCACCAAAUCCCGGCCUGUCUGAAGGCGAGGCGCAGAAGCUCAAGCCCACUGAGACCGUAUCCACUGCUGCUCCCAAGACUACCGAGAAGCCCCGCAGAAAACUCCGCGCCCGCAAAGCUGCCAUGAAAGUGACUCCGGUAGCGAUCGAGCAACUUCGCAAACUCCUCUCACAGCCAGAACCCAAGAUGAUCCGUGUGGGAGUGAAGAACCGAGGCUGCUCUGGCCUCGCCUACCACCUGGAGUACGUGGAGAAGCCGGGCACUUUCGACGAAGUCGUUGAGCAAGACGGCGUCAAGGUCUUGAUCGACAGCAAGGCUCUCUUCAGCAUAAUUGGAAGCGAGAUGGAUUGGCAAGAGGACAAGCUCAGCAGAAGAUUUGUCUUCCGCAACCCCAAUAUUAAGGAAGAAUGCGGCUGCGGUGAAUCCUUCAUGGUAUAAGGUGCUUUCGGCGCUUUUAUACAAUCUUGAUAUUGCUUAUUGGAUGAAUCGGGUUUUGCGUUCCUAUAUGCAUUGGAUGGCGUUUUUGCGGGCGGUCCCCUUCGGCGAAUGAAUUUUUUUUCUCUCUCUUCUGUUGAACAUAUCUUGAUUCCCGGGCACAUAGCCCACUAACUGUGCAAUAUAUUAUUUCUUCUCUCUUCACCUGUGGAUGAUAUAUAAUAACCCGGCCGGCAGAACUGCAACACCAAUGAGGCGAUAUGUGGUGACCUAAUCGCCUUCAUUACUCGUGUGCGGAAGGCGAACAGCCGCCAGCGAGCAUCCCCUAAAAAUGGGAUCGGUAUAGCUGAGCACUCUAGCUUGUCUUAUCACAAUGUCGUCCCUAGCAUGAUAGCUAAGACAAUUUCAUCGC